CUAUAACCUAUCUACACAUCUCACUCUUUACACACGUUAGCGACUGCGCACCGCAUAGAUGAUUAUCAUUUACCUCCACCAGUCAUACACCGACCUCGCCAACACCUGUGGCCAUGCUCUCUUCAACCUCGUUCUGACUAGCGUAGUAGUAGGAUCAUCUCUUCUAACAUGGCGCCUCUGGACCUUCACUCUCCGCCCAUUACUCCACCCAAACGAACCUCGCCCCUUACCCUACUGGAUCCCCAUAAUCGGCCACGGAUUCCGCUUCUUACGCGAUAGCCAAGCGCUGUUCACAGCCGGCCGCGUCCACUUCGCCAAUUCCCGCGAACCCUUUGCCGUCACCGUCUUUGGUGAGACAAUUUACAUCCUCACCUCGCCGCGGGACGUUUCCGGCGUCUUUAAGGAGACCACAACGCUUUCCACAGACCAGGUGAACAUCAACCGCUCCUUUGGCGUCUCGGACGCUGGAACGGAGCAGAUGACACGGCCAGCUUUCGUGGAUGCCGUCAAGGGGGAAAGGGGGGGUUUGAAGGACUAUAAUUACAUGUCUGAGCAUAUACGGCAUUCGCAGCUGCUUCCUGGGCACCAGAUGGAUAUCUUAUCGCGGGACUUCAUGCAGCUGUUUGAGGUGGAGAUGCGAAGUGGGACACCGGAGGGGAAGUAUGUAAUUGGAUCGACGGGGGAAGGGGGCCGUGUUGUGUUGGUGAAGAAUUGGGCGGCGCAGUCGUUGAUUCGGGCGACGACGCAUGCGCUGUUUGGGCAUUGCUUGUUGGAGAUGGAGCCCCAGCUGACGGAUACGUUUCUGAGGUUCGAUGAUAAGUCGUGGAUGGUUAUUUACAACUACCCUGAGAUGUUUGCUAAGGAGACGUACGAGCUGAAGGAGGAGCUGAUUCAGAUCUUUAUGAGCACGAAUGCAAACUCAUUCAAGAUAGCGUUCUGGAUGCUAGCGCACAUCGUGCACUCGGACGGGCUGAAGGCAGCAGUUGUCGAGGAGGCCUCUGCCGCACUUCCUUCGCAAGAUGCCGAUCUGGAUAUUAACUACCUCCUGAACCAGUGUCCGCUGCUGGACUCUAUCUGGAACGACGUCCUCCGCCUUACCGCUUCCUCAUCGACGUACCGAUACAUCGUCUCCGACACGACAAUUCGCGGGAAGACGUUCCGUGCCGGACGCAAGCUGCUCAUCCCGCAGCGCCAGACUCUACUCGACGAGUCAGUCUUCGGCGAGACCGCGGCCACGUUUGAUGCAGAACGCUUCAUGCGUGACAGGAAGCUAGCCAAUAGUACGAGCUUCAGACCAUUCGGAGGAGGAGUAUCCAUGUGUUCGGGUAGGCACGUGGCGAAGAGGGAAGCAUUUGCUUUUGUAGGAAGUGUGCUCACGAGAUAUGAGCUGAAGCUGGCCAAUCCGGAGAAGGGGAAGCAAAGGUUCCCGAGGCUCAAUGUGAUGAAUCCGAACCUAGGGCUGAUGGGGCCAAUGCCUGAGGACGACCUUGUGCUAAAGAUCAAGCCGAGGCAUUGA